AAAUCCAAUCAUGCCAAAGCUACUGAGAAAUGGGACAACACCAUUGAUUGCCCAAUGUGUGGAGAACCACAACCACCUGGCCCGCAUCGAGCAGCUCACGCAAAACGAUGUGGAAAGAGGUUCAAAAUUGCACCGAAAGAGUUGUUGAGACUUAUGGAAACACAGAGCCGAGUCUCGAAUGCUAAAAAAAGAGCUAGCAUGGUUCAUACAAAGAGAGAUCCUGUAUUUUUUGCUCAUAGAGCGCCACUACCAGUGAAGAAAGAGGUAGUUCCUCCAAAACUUCACGGAGCUCCCAAGUCGAUGUUCGAUGAGAACGUCCAAUUGGCAAAAGCGAUUUCUGCAAGCAUGACUGAGGAUCCUUUUGAUGUAAAACCAACGCCGCCUCAAGAGUUUACAAGAAUACCUGAUCCUAACGAGAAGAGACGGAAAAGGCCGCGCUCCUAUGCUAUAGUUGAACUAGCUCCGCGCUCGUGCAAAUGUGAAGUCUUGCAAAAAGUUCACGAGCGAUUCCUAGAAGCAUUCAAGAUUAGGAAAACCAGUGGCGAAAAGGUGCCUCAUUCAGAAAUUUGCCAAAAGAAUUGCGAGCGGACAAGUAUUUUUAUGCAGCGUCAAGCUCACCUGUUGGAAAAGCUAGAGCGCCUAGAGCGGCUUUCUGAGGAUCUCAGUUCUUUGGUUGGAAGCGAUGUCGUUUCGGAUGUAGAGAUUCAUUGCCAGAAUGGUGAGGGCUUUGUUCCAAGCGGCUUAUAG